GUAUCCAUCAUGGCGCCCAAAGGACGAGGUCUUCCCGGCGGCCGCGCACCCGCGCAACAGGGCUUUGCCAGCACCGCAUACCAAGCCAUCACCAGCUCUGACAACCGCUCCGUCGUGACAUCGAUUGCCUUCUUCGCGGCCGGCGUUGCGUUCCUCUCAAGCAGCUGGAGCGAGUUCCUUCUCCCACCGCUUUAAAAAGAUCGACACAAUGAACUGCUAAAGCCCUUCGACUGGUGCGUUAUUACGGAAAGGAAAUGAACGGAGCGCGGAAAAACCUGUAUCAAUAGAUGGCAUCCUGUAACAACAAGGAGAUGGGGACAUCGAGACGGCGAGGCUACUGGGGAGGAGCACAAUAUCAGACGAAGCUGGAGAGGAGUUUCUGGAAUGAUGCCGAAAUAAGGUCAUGUGGUUCGUAUCAGACGUCGAGCAUGGUUCGGAUUGUGUCAAAUUUAUCAUGUUGUUGAAAAAGAUGACCCAUAAGUUAUUUCAUAGCGGCAGGAGACUAUUGCAAUUCUCAAGGGCACAGGCCAAAAUGAUAUGUCGACUCUGAUUCUUGAACAAGAUCCACCCUGAAGAUGUCUUCUGAAACCCCCAAUUUGAGGUCAUAACAAGGGAAGGUAUCUCAAUGGUCGAUUUGAGCCGCCCGAUAGAGGGUACAUGUACAAAAGUGUCCGGUCAGUUCCGAAGAUG